AUGCAACGGGUCGGUGCACCACAAAAUAAUCAGCAAAUCGAGCACUCCACGCUGCCAGCCGGGCCGAACUUGCACGCUGAACGCUCGCCGUUAUUACUCAGGAAUAAGCGGCGGUGUGCUGACGUUGCAAUCCCUGUCGCCGCGGCGCACGUCGACUUGCUGAGGCGCCGGCAUUUGGAAAAAACGCCGAGAUUGGCGAAGAGAGCGCUGCGGCCUAGGGGUGUCGGCUGUCGAUUCGCCGCGCGGCGUAGAUUGCGCCCUCUGUGUCCGCCUCCCCGAGUCCUAUUUCCGCAAAGAGAACACGCCACGAAACUGAGCUGCUUCGACGCCACAACACCGCGCACCUUCCAC